CGCCAAUGAGAGGUGCACGUAGGGGUGGCCGAGGAGGCCGAGGAAGAGGAGCAGGACGCGUUCAGCCUGAGGUGCAGCCUGUAGCCCAAGCCACUAACCCGGCUGCGCCAGUUACUCAUGCGGAUCUAGCUGCCAUGGAGCAGAGGUUUAGAGAUUUGAUUAUGCAGAUGCGGGAGCAGCAGCAGCCUGCCUCGCCAGCUCCAGCACCAACUUCUGCUCCAGCUCCGGCUCCAGUACCAAUUGCGCCCCAGGUUGUGCCGGAUCAGUUGUCAGCAGAGGCUAAUCACCUGAGGGAUUUCAGGAAGUAUAAUCCCACGACAUUCGAUGGGUCUUUGGAGGACCCCACCAGGGCUCAGCUGUGGUUAUCGUCUUUGGAGACCAUAUUCCGAUACAUGAAAUGCCCUGAGGAUCAGAAAGUUCAGUGUGCUGUUUUUAUGUUGACUGACAGAGGCACUGCAUGGUGGGAGACUACAGAGAGAAUGCUAGGUGGUGAUGUGAGUCAGAUCACGUGGCAACAGUUUAAGGAGAGUUUCUAUGCGAAAUUCUUCUCUGCUAGUUUGAGAGAUGCCAAGCGGCAGGAGUUCCUGAACUUAGAGCAGGGUGACAUGACAGUGGAGCAGUAUGAUGCGGAGUUUGACAUGUUAUCCCGCUUCGCUCCCGAGAUGAUAGCGACCGAGGCGGCCAGAGCUGAUAAGUUUGUUAGAGGCCUCCGACUGGACAUUCAGGGUUUGGUCCGAGCUUUCCGACCUGCUACUCAUGCCGAUGCACUACGCCUGGCAGUGGAUCUCAGUUUACAGGAGAGGGCUAACUCGUCUAAGACCGCUGGUAGAGGUUCAACAUCAGGACAGAAGAGGAAGGCUGAGCAGCAGCCUGUUCCAGCGCCACAGCGGAACUUCAGAUCAGGUGGUGAGUUUCGCCGCUUCCAGCAGAAACCUUUUGAGGUAGGGGAAGCUGCCAGAGGGAAGCCGUUGUGUACCACUUGUGGAAAGCACCAUCUGGGCCGUUGCUUAUUCGGGACCAGGACUUGCUUUAAGUGUAGGCAAGAGGGUCAUACAGCUGAUAGAUGCCCGUUGAGACUUACGGGGAACGCGCAGAAUCAGGGAGCAGGUGCUCCACAUCAGGGUAGGGUCUUUGCUACCAACAAGACUGAGGCUGAGAGGGCAGGCACAGUGGUGACAGGUAAGGGCACAGCGAGAGGUAGACCGACGAGGGGCAGAAAGGAUGCGUGAAGGCCAUAUGGACGCGUCUGAUUUUCUUAUUGCUUUCGCUGAUGUAUUUUGUCAGAAUAUUUGGUUUUGUGAUUUUGAGUUGAUGAUCUGAGUUUUUAUUUGAAACUUUUGCGACUGUGAUUUAAAAUAGGG